UCUUGGUCACGUGGUGUGACUUGCUGUCACUUUGCUGGUCAAUUUUUUGGGCUCAGUCAUGUCAAACAGCAGCGCUAACAGCAGUUUAGCUAUCGCCCAGAAGACAGUGAAACAGCUUCGACUGGAAGCCAGUGUGCGCAGGAUCAAAGUUUCUCAGGCUGCUUCAGAACUGAAGACCUUCUGUUUGCAAAAUGCCCACAAAGAUCCUCUCCUCACAGGGGUCCCCUCUAGCGAUAAUCCCUUCAGACCUCCAAAGUCAUGCGUCCUCAUUUGAGGGACCAUGAAGGAGCAUCUUCUGAUCUGGGUUUUGCAUCAUGUGCCCUCACUGCCUACAGACACUGAAGAUUGAACAAGCCAUGACCACACGUUAUUGUCACUGAAGCAGCUGCAGAACAUGGUUUAAAAUUUAGGUUAGAAAAAUGAAGAAAAUAUGUUGCAAUUAUUUUUGAAAGGAUGUGUUGCUAUGCUGUGUCUUUACAACAUUAUUCAUUGAUCUGGUCUUGGUUCUGGUGUAGUCAAAAAACAAAACUAAGUUCACACCACUGACCUUGUUAUUUCUGAAUCUCUGGUCAAAUCUCAUUUAUUCCCCCUGAGUUAAAAAACAAAAAUAUAACUGCUGAUUGUUGUCUUCACAUGAACUGUUUUUCUUGAAAUAAGCAGAACAUUAGAGAAAUCUAGUGGACCCCAAAAAUUUUCCAUCAAACCCGACCCUGAGAAAAGCGUCAAACCUACUACCUUUUUCCCCAUAAUCUGAAUUAAUUUUGACCCGCCCUAAAUAGCAAUAACCUAAAAAAAAUUACCCAAUAACCAAAGUUUUUAGAGCAGAUUGCUCAAUCAAUUACAAGUAAUCUGCAGUCUGUAAGUGCACCCAUCUGUAAAAAUGGGUACUGAUCUUGGCUGCGGAAGUAAAUGUGAAGCAACAUUGGAAAGCACUCUGAUCAUCUGAUAGAUGGAAAAGUGCUAUAGAAAUGCAGUCCUUCCAAGUUGAAUUUUAUUAAAGCACAGGUCAUGCAUGUUUCUUGUUUUUUGCACGUCACUGUUAAAAGAAAAAUAUGCUACAAAUGAGUUUUUAAACACAACAAACAUAAUGCUGUCACAAAAUUGACAGUGUUAUUGUUAUUACUACUACUACUACUAUUUGCAUAAUCUGUGCUUGAUUAUGUUUCAUUCCAAAAUCUGUGUUCAUGUGUUUGUGUGAAUAAAUUUUGCCAACCUGAAUAUAGAAGG